ACAUUAUAAGUAGGGCUAUUUUUCUCCACAUAACUAAUUUCUCCUGAUAAAAGUAUAUACCGGCCCUAUAAAACUUAGCUAAAACCAUGGAAGGACAUAAAGUUUCAUUGGCGUUCAAGCCAUUGAGAUCCAAUCUUCUCAACUUGCCCUCUCCGCUUUGCAAUUUACUAUACAAUGCAAAUAUCAACAUUCAAGAUGUCAUAGUAGAAAUCGUUUCGUCCACUGGUACCAAACUGUAUGCUGGUUGGUCAGGGAUGACUUCCUCUUCGAUUGAUGAAGCUGAGUUGGAUCCUUCAUUUGCACGUUCCUUGAAUUUCUCAGAUAUGGCCAAUGUUACACUCAAUUUAAAACUUGACAACUUUGAAACUAUUCUGAUUAAUCUUGAGCCAGUAUCCUCCUCUGAUUGGGAAUUGGUUGAAUUACAUGCUCAAAUAUUAGAAGAUAAACUACUCUCACAAACUCGGUGUGUUUCUCUUAAUCAAACGUUGGUGGUGUAUCCAACCCAAACUUCCUCAGCUAGAUUAGUCGUCACUGACAUAGGAACUAAGACUCACCAGUUUGCGAAAAUAUCACCUAUGUGUGAAGUGGCAAUCGCCCCAAAGGUUCGGGUUAAAAGUUCUACUUCUACCAAAUCGGCCAAGUCGUUGAAGGGUAAAUCAUCUUCUGGAGAAGAUUACUCUUCUCUCCCGUCUGUUUUGAAAAGAAGUAUCAGCUUACCUCAUAAGAUAUACGACAAUAUUCUUCCACAUAGUGAUUCUGAAGGCUAUGAAGUAUAUGUCAAUUUUGCUGAAGUGGUGCAUUCGUUGAAUAAUUCAAAAUUUGUUGCGGUUUCUAUUAUUCCUGGACCUACUACGAAGACAAAUACUGUUAGUUCUGGUCAACAAGAAAAGAAUCAACAACAAAAUGCUACCAUUCCUAGUACUUUAUCAUCCAAGGAAAAGCCAAGUACUCAGCCUUUAAAGGAGAAUAAGCGUAUAAUUGCUAAACUCGUGAACUUUCCCUCCAGUCCAACAAACACCGUUGGACUCUCUCAGAAGUUGGCAAUCGCUCUUGGGUGUGAAUUACAAUUGGGUAAUAUAGUUGUUUUACAACCGACUGUACUGCCAGUAUCUAAAAAGCCAAGUUCAUUGACCAUACAUCCGUAUAUUACCCAAACGAAGAAGAAUAAUGCACUCAAUUUAAAUUCUACAUCUAAAAAAGACCAAGAUUUCAAGACUUUAGAAGGUAUUUCAAAAUAUUUGUCGCUGGACAUACUCAGCAAUGCUACCCCCAUUACUAAUAAUUGCAAAAUACCAAUUAUUCCAGGGUACUUGCCACACGGUGGAUUGAUGAAGUUCAAGAGAAAUGAUGAUGCCAAUGCUUGGAUUAGGCCCUCGGCUGAUUCGAAGCUUCCUAGAUUAGAACUUGGUGAAGAUUUGUUGAGAAAUGAAAGUUUCCUCCAGCAAGUUAAUAAAGAUGAAUCAGACGCAAAUGAACUCGCCGUGGGAAUGGAGAAGAUGCAAACGGAAAUCUUAGAUGUUAUUUCAACAACCAAAAACUCAGGAACAUUAAUAUUUGGGAAUUCCGGUAGUGGUAAAUCCUUGCUCUUGAAACUUAUUUCACAAGAGGUUAGAGACACAUAUGGAUAUCAUGUGAAAUUUGCUCAAUGUGAAACUAUUAUGAAUGAAAAUUUUCAACUGCUUUCAAAUAAUCAUAUUUUAAAAUGGUUACAGGAAUGUUCAUGGCACAAACCUUCAUUGCUCGUAUUAGACAAUGUUGAUAAGAUUUUAUCGGCAGAACUUGAGCACACAGACUCUACACAGUCGAACCAAUUGGCAGAAUUUCUUAUAUCUCAAAUUCAAAAAAUACAUUCUCAAAGAGAAAGUAACUUGUCCAUAUUAUUGUCAGCUUCUUCAAAAGAAUCUUUGAAUAAGCUCUUGUUUCAAAGCCAUUUGUUAGAGCAUUUUCAUCAUUUAAGCGCCCCAAUCAAGAGCACAAGACUUGAAUUAUUAAACUACUAUUUGGUGGAAAAGCUUGGAUGUCUGGUAGACUUUGAUAUAAUGGAUAUUGUCUCUGAAACUGAGGGUUACCUUCCUAAUGAUCUUAAAAUUUUGGGUGAUAGAAUUUACCAUGAAUCUUUAUUUUCAAGAGAUGACUCGGCCGGUUUCAAGGGGCUUCAUUUGACUAAGGAGGCUUUUGAGAGUGCGAUUAAGGGAUAUACACCAUCCAACUUACGUGGAGUGAAAUUACAGAAAUCAACUGUUAGUUGGUCAGAUAUUGGAGGAUUACUGGAAGCAAAAAACAUUCUUUUAGAAACGUUGGAAUGGCCAACAAAGUACGCUCCAAUUUUCGCAAACUGUCCAUUGAGAUUAAGAUCAGGUAUCUUACUAUAUGGCUAUCCCGGUUGUGGAAAAACUUUAUUGGCUAGUGCCAUUGCCGGACAAUGUGGAUUAAAUUUUAUAUCAAUUAAAGGUCCAGAGAUUUUGAAUAAGUAUAUUGGUGCAUCUGAACAAUCCGUUAGAGAAUUAUUUGAAAGGGCUCAAUCUGCAAAGCCUUGUAUCCUUUUCUUUGAUGAGUUUGACUCUAUUGCCCCCAAGAGAGGCCAUGAUUCUACUGGUGUCACUGAUAGAGUUGUUAAUCAAAUGUUAACCCAAAUGGAUGGUGCCGAAGGCUUGGAUGGAGUCUAUGUCUUGGCUGCAACGAGUCGUCCCGAUCUCAUUGAUUCUGCUUUGUUGAGACCAGGAAGAUUGGAUAAGAGUGUUAUAUGUGAUAUGCCAAAUUAUGAAGAUAGGUUGGACAUUUUACGUACUAUUACCAAAAAAAUGGAUCUCAGCGAUGAUGUCAACUUGGAGGAAUUAGCACAUAGAACUAACGGUUUCAGUGGUGCUGAUAUGCAAGGGUUGGGUUAUAAUGCUUACUUGAAGGCUGUCCAUGUCAAGUUAGAAAAUGACGAAAAGGAAGCAUCAAAUACAGAGGUAGAUUCUUCAAAGGCAUCUGACAAUUACGAAUUCUUCCAUGUGAACUCCGAGAAACUUAGAAGUAGGAAACUUAGACCUGCUGAUAGAGUCCAAUUGUUACAGCAAAUUAAGACAUUAUUUGAUUCAAAUGAGACUACGGAUUCGAAAACUAAAGAAAUAGUCUCUACGGCACCAGUAGUUUAUAUUAGACAAGAGGACUUUGAAGAAUCGUUGAAAGAAACUAAGCCUUCCAUUUCAGCUAGUGAGAUGAAAAAACUUUCUGGUAUCUAUAAUCAAUUUGUAUCUGGUAGAGAUGGUAACAUGCCAGACGGCACGCCAAGCAGUGAAAUUGGGGGUAGAACGACCCUAAUGUAAGUUCAUAGUUUCAUAAAUAUACAAUACCCAAUACACUUUGGUAUGAUAAAUU